GUUUUUUUUUUUUUACGGUGAUUGCAUUUCAGAUUUCGGGGAGAAACGUUAAGUAAUCAUCCGUUUAAUAAUCAUUAUAACUGGACUGAAUUUAGCGCCGUUUUUGAGGUUGCUGCAGUGCCCAACACAAAGCACCCCGCAUAAAUUAUGUUGCUAUAGUGAUGCUAACCAAAAAAAAAUUAAAAUAAUUUUUUUAAAUCAGGAAAUACAUAAGCUACCAUCGCAAUAUAGAGAGAACUAGGAUAACAAUGUCCAGUGUGAAGAUUAGGUCUCCUCAAAGCAAGAAGUUUAUAGUUUAGCUUGCGCCUUUCUCCUUCGCAUACAUGCAGUUAUGACCCCUUUACAACCUGACUGACUUUAAUGUUUAUUAGAACACUAGAACAAAAUCCCCAACAAUCUUUUGCACUGGAGCUGCCCAGCCCAGUGCUCAUUUCAACCCUAAUUUGGCACACCUGAUUCUACUAAUCAGCUGCUCAGCGAGAUCUCUAGCUGUUGAACGGACAACUGGCUGCUCUGUUGUUUCUCCGCUAGAUGUGUGCCUGCAUUCUAGAUGCGAAAUUUGAAUUAGGAACCCAAACAUGCCGCUCAUGCAACCAACAAAGGAGUUCUUCAGGGCCAAAAAGUGGAUUGUUCUUGACCAUGACAAGCCGACCAUCCUUCCUGAAUCCAACUGAACAUGGGUUUCACUUGCUGAAGACAAGACUGAAGGCAAAACGCCCCAGAAACAAACAGGAACUGAAGAUGGCUGCAGUACAGCCAGGCCAGGCAGGGCACCGCCGGGGAAGAGAGUCUGGUGAAGUCUACGGGUCGCUGGCUUUUGCUCCCCAAAAGUUGGGGGACGUAAAAAUAGCUGUAUACACCGAUCACCCGAUAUUGAUGCUAAUAGCCUCAAAUUAAAGCGGACUGUCCCUCGUUAUCAUUGUUUUAUUUUAAAUCCAAUGUGCUGAGGUACAGAGCCAAAACAACAAAAAUUGUGUCACUCUCCUAAUAGAUUUUGUAUUCAACUGCAGCUUUAAGCAGUUAAACUACGGCCCCUUUGACGCGCUUGCUAAAUACAGUUGUGCCUAUGCUACCGAUCCAUAAUAUCGGACUGUUAUAGAUCUUAGUUGUUUUUGUUGCUGUUGUUUAAAAAAAGAAGAGGUUUAGUGUAUCUCAACGUGUCCACUAAAACCGGUGCACCCAGUUCUGUUAUGUAACGGCAUUUUGAGUCUCUUUGAUAUAAACAAACAUAUCACUUAAACAACGCAGACACAUCGUGCCUGGCCAGGAAUAGGUCACAUAUAGCAGUUGUGUAUCGAUGUCGGGGGGGAUUGGUAGGAGCUUUAAUAAAACCGGUUGUAUCUCUUUAACAUCCUCUGACGUCACUCGAUGCAGAUCUCCCAGCUGAGAAAGACUUCAUGCGAGGUUACAGAGGGGGAAAAAAAGCUAAAUUCUUUUUUCCCUCCUGUUCUAAGCCCAGGAUGCGAUGGUACAAGCUUUAAGCGGGAUUUUACCCCGGUUGCAGAGGGCGUUAUUAAACAGAGGAAACAUGGACUGCUGGACAGACUCGCAGGUGCAUUGAUUGAAGGUACAGAACAAUUUGGAGGGGUUUCAAAUUAUGAGGGAAAACCCGUUAGAUGCAGAGGUUGUCAGAACGAAAAACUAGCUAGGAUACGCUGGUUCUCGGAAGGACUGUGUGCGCGCGCGCCAGAGAGAGAGAGAGAGUGAGAGAGCGAGAGAGAGAGCGUGAGUGAGAGAGAGCGUAAAAAGCACAGCAUCUUUUCCAAAGCAAGGCAGCCGAUCGUUAUCGCUACGGAGCUGCAAACCAGGCAAACAUCAUGAUUCCGUUCUUGACUAAUUUACCUACCAGGGGGCUCAGCUACUCAACAAGCAACGAAACAAGGCGAUGAUGGAUGUAAUGAAAGCUACAAAAUGAUUUAAAUGACGAACAUCGACGUGCAAUAAAAAGAAGAAGAGGAGGAGGAAGACUCGUACGUUUUUUUUUUCGAAAGGGAAAAUAGCACCAGGCUAGGAAGAGGGGUCUGAUAAUUGAAAAUACGUAUCUUACAUUUUUUUAAACAAAUGAAAUAAUUUAUUCUGAUGUUGAUGAAACGGUGGAUUCGCCUUGGAUUACGUGUCAACGUGAAAAAUCGGACUAAAUCAGAUUCCAUGUAUUGACUUCGUCCUCGUUGCGCUAUUCGCGGUGUUUUUUUAUUUAGUAUCUGUCAGUAUCCCAGCAUAAAAUGUGGUGAUCUAACUGUCAGUCGCGAAGACAGGGGUUGCUGGACAUAUGGGAAAAAGAGUACAUGAAAUCAAACCGUGCCGGACAGAAAAUGAAUUGAUAAUUUAAACGGCGCGUCAUUAGUGAGAAAAAAAAUCUCAUAAGAAGAUGGUGUUUCAAAAAAUACAGAAGUCCUAACAAGGAAGGAGCGGGUAGAAGGCAAAGGAUAGCUGUCAAAAAAAAUCACCGGAUUCCUGCAAAACCUCUGUGGCAACCUGGGAAUUAUCGGGCGUGGGCGUGCGAGGCGGGACGAGGGACCGCGGACCCGGGGGGGGCGACCGACCGGCCGGAUGAGGACCGCGGCGGAGGAUGGAGCGUAACAGAGCGGCCUUCCCGGCACUGCCCCGCCCCGCUGCGUUUCCGCGGCGACAGCUCUGAGAAGCGCCACCCGCGCCCCCUCGCCCCCCUCCCUCCCCCCCCCCACCCACCCCCCUCUCCAUCAGUCCAACUCAACCCCCCCCCUCCCUGACUCCCUGCACUCCCUCCUCACCCCCUCCGCACUCCCCCCCACCCCCCCGACAAGGGGGUCUCUACAAACUCUACACAUCUCUCUUAGUUCUCCUCAGUGGCUCUCUCCUUUAUUCUUUUUCAGUCUGUUUAUUCGUUCCCUCCUUUUUCCUCCGGCCUCUUUGUUCGAGGCCGAAGCUAAAACAGACGAACAAGGGAACGAAAAAAGAAAGAAAGAAAGAAAGAAAGAAAGAGGGGGAACGGGGAGAAGGAGAACGGAUGAUGCAUCUCUUCCCGCCGCGAGACUGCAAGCUCCGCCCCCACCCUCGGCGGAUGACGGACGCUAGCCUGGUGUGGCUCCUGGGCCUGGCCCUCCGGUUGGCCUUGACCGCCGGGCAAAAGACAGGGGAAGGGGGCGCCGGGGGCGGCGGCAAGCACCCCACGGUCGCCACCAACUACGGCAAGCUGCGCGGCGUGCGCAAGGACCUGAACAACGAGAUCCUGGGCCCGGUGGAGCAGUACCUGGGCGUGCCCUACGCCACGCCGCCCGUGGGCGACCGGCGCUUCCAGCCGCCCGAGGCGCCGGGCUCCUGGCAGGAGGUGCGCAACGCCACGCAGUUCCCGCCCGUGUGCCCGCAGAACGUGCACGGCGUGCUGCCCGAGAUCAUGCUGCCCGUCUGGUUCACCGACAACCUGGACGUGGUGGCCGGCUACAUCCAGAACCAGAGCGAAGACUGCCUGUACCUCAACGUCUACGUGCCCACCGAGGACGGUCCGCUCACAAAAAAACACGAUGAAUCUUCGAUGAACAGGCCGAGAGACGAAGAUAUUCGCGAUCGCAGGAGGAAACCGGUCAUGCUGUUCAUCCACGGCGGCUCCUACAUGGAAGGCACCGGAAACAUGUUCGACGCCAGCGUCCUGGCCGCCUACGGCAACGUCAUCGUGGUCACCAUGAACUACCGGCUGGGCGUGCUCGGUUUCCUGAGCACGGGGGACCAGUCGGCCAAGGGGAACUACGGGCUGCUGGACCAGAUCCAGGCGCUGCGCUGGCUGAACGAGAACAUCGGCCAUUUCGGGGGCGACCCGGAGAGGAUCACCAUCUUCGGCUCCGGGGCGGGGGCGUCCUGCGUGAACCUGCUCAUCCUGUCCCACCACUCCGAGGGCCUGUUCCAGCGGGCCAUCGCCCAGAGCGGCUCGGCCAUCUCCAGCUGGUCCGUGAACUACCAGCCGCUGAAGUACACGCAGAUCCUGGCCCGCAAGGUGGGCUGCAGCCUCGGGGAGACAGCGGAGCUGGUGGAGUGCCUGCGGCGCAAGAACUUCCGCGAGCUGGUGGACCAGGACAUCCAGCCCGCCCGCUACCACAUCGCAUUCGGGCCCGUGGUGGACGGGGACGUGGUCCCCGACGACCCGGAGAUACUCAUGCAGCAGGGGGAGUUCCUGAACUACGACAUCCUGAUCGGCGUGAAUCAGGGCGAGGGGCUGAAGUUCGUGGACGACGGCGGCUCGGAGAGCGAGGAGGGGAUCUCCGCCGCCGCGUUCGACUACACCAUCUCCAACUUCGUGGACAACCUGUACGGCUACCCCGAAGGUAAGGACAUCCUGCGGGAGACCAUAAAGUUCAUGUACACGGACUGGGCGGACCGGGACAACGGCGAGAUGCGGCGCAAGACGCUGCUGGCGCUGUUCACCGACCACCAGUGGGUGGCGCCGGCGGUGGCCACGGCCAAGCUGCACGCCGAGUUCCAGUCGCCCGUCUACUUCUACACCUUCUACCACCACUGCCAGACGGAGGCGCGCCCGGAGUGGGCGGACGCCGCGCACGGCGACGAGAUCCCCUACGUGUUCGGCGUGCCCAUGGUGGGCGCCACCGACCUCUUCCCCUGCAACUUCUCCAAGAACGACGUCAUGCUCAGCGCCGUCGUCAUGACCUACUGGACCAACUUCGCCAAGACCGGGGACCCGAACCUGCCGGUCCCGCAGGACACCAAGUUCAUCCACACCAAGCCCAACCGCUUCGAGGAGGUGAUCUGGACCAAGUUCAACUCCAAGGACAAGCAGUACCUGCACAUCGGCCUGAAGCCGCGCGUCCGCGACAACUACCGCGCCAACAAGGUGGCCUUCUGGCUGGAGCUGGUGCCCCACCUGCACAGCCUGCACGAGGAGUACCUGAGCUCCACCACCACCCGGCUGCCCCCGGACACGCCCCGGCCGCCCCACUGGAAGGGCCCGGGCCCCCGCACCAUCCGCCACCCGACCCCCACCUACCCGCCCGACCCGGACCCUGAGGGCUCGGACCGGCCCGCCGUCCUGCACUUCCCGGGCAACACGCGGGACUACUCCACGGAGCUGAGCGUGACGGUGGCGGUGGGCGCCUCCCUCCUCUUCCUCAACAUCCUGGCCUUCGCCGCCCUCUACUACAAGCGGGACAAGCGGCACGAGCUGCGGCGGCGGCUGUCGCCCCAGCGCGGGCCCGCCAACGACCUGGCGCACAGCCAGGAGGAGGAGCUGAUGUCGCUGCAGCUGAAGCACUCGGAGCACGACGCCCACCACGACCUGGAGCCGCUGCGCCCGCACGACAUCCUGCGGCCCGCCUGCCCGCCCGACUACACGCUGGCGCUGCGGCGGGCGCCCGACGACGUGCCGCUCAUGACGCCCAACACCAUCACCAUGAUCCCCAGCACCAUCACCGGCAUGCAGCCCCUGCACGCCUUCAACACCUUCCCCUCCCCGUCCCCCGCCCCCGGCCACAACAACACCCUGCCCCACCCCCACUCCACCACCCGCGUAUAGUGGGGGAGUCCCCUGAGGGGGGGGCGGGGGGAUGGGGGGGGGGGAGGAGGUUUCUCUCUCUCUCUUCGAGGAAAAAAAAAAAAAAACUCCAGAUGCCACGCCCCUCAGCAGUAGGAACCCCCCCCACCAAUCACCAGCAGCGCCCCCUGCUGGUGUUCAGUAAGAGACGCGCAAAAGAACAGUCUUUUUUUUUGUUUUCUUUUUUUUCUGAAAAGACACAAGGGGUCCAGUCAAAACCCAACACUCACCAUCUUCUUCUGUCUUUUUUAACUCCUGCUCCUCUUCUUCUGCUCUGUUCUCUUCAGCGAGGGCUGGGUGCAGUGUGGUGGGCCGCCAUCUCAGACAGGUCUGAGCCAGUGGGAGUGAUGUUUUUAUAAAUAUAUAUAUAUUAAUUUUUCUCUGGCGUGCGACCGAAACUUGACCCCGCCCUAACGUCCGCUUUAUGGCGGCUGCGUCUGUCUUUGCGCCGGCGAUCAGCCCCUUUACAAACCCCCCCACUCAGAUAUGCUCUCUCUUUUCCUUCUCUCUCUCCUUCUUUUCUUCCUCUCUCACUCCUCCCUCUCUCUCACUCUCUCUCUCUCUCUCCCCCCUCCCUCUCUCCCUCUGCCCUCUCUUUCUCUCAUUCUCUUCCCCCCGUCUCUCCUCCUCCUCUCUCCUCAAGCACAGUGUCAGUCUUCCAUUUGCCUCUUUACCGUAGACUCAUGACCUCAUUUCCUUCCGUGUUUCCUUAUCUCUCGGUUCUUUGGUUCCCGGAGUCUUUUACAUUACGUUUAGGUUUUUCUUUCUUAUCUGCCUCGGUUUGAUUGUUGCUGUUUUCCUUUUCUCUUGGAAAUAUUGAAAAUAUAUAUAUAUAUAUAUAUAUAUAUAUGGUUUCUCCUGUAGGGAACUAUGCAUGAAAUAUUUUUCAAAAUGAGAACGAUGCCGGGCAGGAAUGCUCAAAAUUGAAAAUCUUUUUUAAACUGCUCGUUUUGUUCUUUUUACAGAAUUUUUUAUUUAUUUCCCGUAACAGUGGUUUACAAAAACAAAAAGAAAAUUUCAGCCAAACAUCACAGAAAUUUGUCUUUUUCAAUGGGGACGUUUUUUUUUUCCCGUAGAUAUUUCAAAAGCAAAACAUGAUACAUAAAACGAAAAAAGAUAAUAAAGGAAUUUGCAUUCUUUUAUAUUUCACGCUGUAUGUCUGUUGCACCAGAAGUCCUUCUAGGCCUUCACUAAUACAUGAAAGCAAACCUCCCUCUCCAUUACUUUAAAAUAUGUGGCAGAUCACUUUGCUGCCAUCACGUCUGAAUCUUUGGGAUUUUUUUAUCCUGUAUUUAAAAUAUUUCUUCUUAAUUUUUCAUACCUCACUUUACUUUCCAUACCUUCAGGGUACAAGACCGUGCUUAACUCUACAGAACACUGUUUGAGGAUCAGUCUCUUAGUUCAGCUAGUCAGAAACUACUGAUCAAAGACCACAGUUCCAGUUUCCAGAACUUUCCGGAUCCCAGGACUAAGUUUUUUUUUUUUUUCUUUUUUUUUCUUUUUCUAAAAAUAAGGGGCAAAAAAAUCUUGCUGCAAAAAUAUCACUGGAGAUUUGCUCAGGCAUGCAGAAGACAAAGUGCGGCUCUUUCUCGCUGAGUCUCCCCAGACCGCGUCUGCGUUGGAGGCUCAGGCUCGAGUCGUUCUGAUGAAGGAGACUCUCGCUGUAAGCCUGUAAUUAGCAGCGGGCGACGCGAAGCUGUUUCGGCUAACGUGACGACCGCAAACACUGACCUCCUGGCCGGGGUGAGCAGCGACGCAGAGAGCGAAUCCGCCCAGGGAGUGUAAAUGUCGCAUUUCCCCCCUGAGCAGAGCAGCAUCUCUCCUGCCCCCCCCCCGAUGAGAAUUAUUCCUUCUCUGGAAACUUCUCUGAACUGAGUCCCUUUCUUUCUCUUUCUCUCUCUCUCUCUGUCUCUCUCUCUCUCACAUUACAUUACAUUACAGGCAUUUGGCAGACGCUCUUAUCCAGAGCGACUUACAACAAAGUGUAUAACCAUAACCACACACUGCCUUUGUCAGCACCCCAUUUCAGUGCAUGCAUAUUCUCUUGAUGACAGUGUGUUUCUGUGGGUGUGGGUGUGUACGUGCGUGUGUGUGUGUGUGUGCGUGCCUGUAUACGCAUGUGUGUGUGUGUGCGUGUGUGUGUGCCUCUGGGCAUGUGUGUGUGUGUGUGUGCUGAGCAUGUGUGUGUGUGUGUGUGUGUGUGUGCCUCUGGGAAUGCGUGUGUGUGUGUGUGUGUGUGUAUGUGUACAUGUGUGCGUGUGUGUGUGUGUGUCAGCACUCCUUCACAGGGCUGUGGGUAGUUAGAGUGCGGAUAGAGGCAGGCCUCAGGUCUGUAUGUGAGCUCCAUCUCUCCUCUGCAGAAACAGAGACUCCAGAAUCAGAGUCCUCCCGGCUGCUCCCAUAAUGCACCCCGUUUCUGCAUCACACACUUCCCAUCCUCGUAAACAAGCCUUUGAUUCAGCACUGCUGCGCUCGCAAGUCUGCGUUGCAUCUUACACCUCGACUAAAAGAAAACCUGCAGAGAGAAAAAGUAAUCAAAGAGCCUAGACCAAGAAAACAAAAUCACUGUUUUAAACUCACAACUUUUGUGAGCAGAUUUAAUCCAGCCCAUAACCAUGCCUCUCUUCCCCAGCUUUUUUAAAUAUCUCACCCCCUACACCCCAAAUCAUUCCUCUCUACACUGAAGCUCUCUUCUGUACCCUAAAGUUCUCUUCUGUACCCUAAAUAACUCCUCUGUACCAUAAAUCAUCCCUCUGUACUAUUCUGUACCUCUCUGUACCCUUCUGUGCCUCUGCGUACCCUAAAGCAGUCCACUGUACCCUUCUAUACCCUCUGUACCCUUUUAUACCCCUCUGUACUUUUCUGUAUCCCUCUAUACCCUAAAACACUCCUCUGUACCCUAAAGCACCCCUCAGUACCCUUGUAUACCCCCUCUGUACCCUAAAGCACUCCACUGUACCCUAAAGCACCCCUCUGUACCCUUGUAUACCCCCUCUGUACCCUAAACCACUCCACUGUACCCUAGAAGGCAACCCUCUGUACCCUUGUAUACCCCCUCUGUACCCUAAAGCACUCCACUGUACCCUAAAGCACCCCUCUGUACCCUUGUAUACCCCCUCUGUACCCUAAAGCACUCCACUGUACCCUAAAGCACCCCUCUGUACCCUUGUAUACCCCCUCUGUACCCUAAAGCACUCCACUGUGCCCUAAAGCACCCCUCUGUACCCUAAAGCACCCCUCUGUACCCUAAAGCACCCCUCUGUACCCUAAAGCACCCCUCUGUACCCUAAAGCACCCCUCUGUACCCUAAAGCACUGUUCUUCUCUGCCCCUGUGUGUCCCACGGGAUGUCUGUGAAUGGCAGGUUCUUCAGGAGAGAGAAAAACAGGACGGUGAGGUUUGGAUGGACAGCCUGGUCAAGAUGCCAGCAAAGUUGAUAAGGCAGAGUGUUCUGGGAGAAGACUUUGGGAGGAAGGGGCGGGGCUGAUAGUUCAGUAUUAAUACAAUAAGGGGAAUGGGGGGUCAGAGGUCAGUGGGUGUGGCAUCUCUAUACAAACUUUCUGUUUGCGGCGUUUGUUUUUUUUCCAGACGGAUCUCCUCGGCCACCUCUGAACUGUACAGCCCCCACAGUAGCCCGGCCUCUGCAUGCCGGUGUUGGGGGGUGGUGCUGGGGGGUGAGCACCGGGGUUUUGGGGGGGGGGGGGGGCGUGAGCACGGACAUGUAAAUGCAUUUACCCCACUGUUCCGAAUGCCUGCAAUGGUGUCGAUGGUCACUACAUUGUAUCUGCUUGUUUUGCUUGAAAUGAUUUUCCUUUUUCUCUUGGUGCAUAUGGGAGGUGAGGGGUGAAGGGUCAGGGGUCGUGGGUGGGGGGGGGUGGGGGGGGGGGUCGGGGAUCAUCACAUGAGAGUGAUCCUUUCAGCUGCACAAACGUAAUACAAUAAGACUGUGAGGGCCAAGAGCGACAAGGCUGGAGAGAGGGUGUGUGGUCUUGGAUAUACAAACUGAAAUAUCAGGACACCGGACCUUAAAAAUGUGCGGAUUCGACCGGACAAAAACAGGAGCCUCAUCACACUUGCUGUGGCCGUGGAAACCGUGGCAACCAAUCAGACAAGGCGAUGGGAGGGAGUGGUUGUCCCGCGUGGGUCUUUGUGUCAUUUUGACCCCUGUUGAAAAGAGCUUCAGACUCCUUCACGCGAGUGAGUAAAUUAACGCUGCAUUCAAAAAUGAAAAAAAAAAUAAAACCAACGAAAAACAAACGAAACGGAAGAGAUCGGCGACAGAGGCCAUUUUCCUUUUCUUUUUCAGUUCGAUUUCUUGUCUAUUUUGUAUGCUCACACACUAGAGGGCGCCAUGAUGACAAAUUGUGAUUAUUACCCUUCUCUUCUGUCCGAGCUGCAAUCCUGAGCGGAAACCGGUGGAAACCAAUCGACGAGGCGCGAGGGAAAUGCUAAACUGUACAUUUUUUAAGUGUAAGAACAAACCGACAAAAGUAACUAUUUGUAAAUAUCAGUUUCUUGUUUUUUCGAGUGAAUGAAAAAAAAAAAUGCUUACUUUGUGACAAAAGACAACAGGUGCAAGUUCAGUAGUGGCUGUCGGCUAGUUUUGUUCACUGUAGAUUUCGGUUGUCAAUGUCGCUGUCGCCGUUUCCUUUUAUAUGAUUUUGUGAAUUCACGAAGGUGCACAAAAUCGCAUUUUUUCUGUGAAUUUCAAUCCUGCGAAAUCCUUUACAUUUGGUGGCACGUUCAGGAUAUGAUUAAUUAGCAUCGAGACACUGGACAAUUUCAGCGGAAAAUCAAAUAUUUGUCAUACCGUGUACUAUACUGACACACUAACCAUCAAGGCGAGUGCAGGAAGGGUCGACCUAACGUUAGACAGUCUGUCGAGUGGGUCUGUUGAGAAUGAAUUGUGUUCUCUCUGUCACACAUCUGAUUGGUCCUGUGCUUGUGUGUUCAGGGACUGCUUGUGUGUUCAGGGACUGCUUGUGUGUUCAUAUUCUUGUCCAUUGUCCUGCUGUCUGGUCUGUUGACCAACCGCUCACAGCACUGUGUUGAGAUGCUUUUAAGGUUUUUUGUGUUAGAGGCUACUGUACCUGAGCUUGCCUUAACUGAUGGAGUGGCUAGCAUCAGCAGCCCCCCCUGGUGUAGGAGGGUGAAACUGCAUGCGUGUGUGUGUGUGCGUGCCUGUGUGUGUGUGUGUGCGUGCCUGUGUGUAUGUGUGUGUGUGUGUGUGCAUGCGUGCGUGCGUUCGUGAGUAAGUGCGUGUGUGUGCCUGUGUGUGUGUGUGUGUGUGUGUGUGUGUGCAUGCGUCCAUGCAGGUGUGACUGCACGUGUGUGAAUGGAACACAAAAUUUAUUCUUAGAAAUUCUUAGAAAUUAAUCAACACUAAAAAAAAAGAGAAAAGAAGAUAAAUGUACCUCUAUUUAUUGCCGGAACAGUGUAACAGAAAUUUUAAAUAUUUUCCUACAUUUCUGUGUACCCAUUUUUUUAAAACCUUGUGCGACGGGCCCAGAUUGUACAAUGUAUAUAUAAAUAUAUACUGACCCUGUAUCUUAUUAUCUACCACUCUAUGACAAGUUAUCUGACAAGUUAAGGAUCUUAUCGUCUACCACUAUCUUGACAACCGGCAAGUUUUCUUAUGCAUAAUUCGAGACUUACUUUGUGGCGUCCUUCAGACGGAACGGGAGAACAGAAAGAGUGCGUGCGUGCGCACGUACGUACGUGGAACAGAAUUCAGGAAGGGAUAAAGCUAAGGGGGAAGGGAGGGGAGGGGGUAUAGAAAAAGAGGUGAAGAGAUUCUUUCUGUCUUAAACGGUGUCUGUCAGACAGGACACGCUGAAGCACAGGCCCACCACCGCAGGACUUCUGCUGCUCCCUCCGGCGCCAAAGAGCUUUGCACCUGUUGUUUCGUUCCUUCUUUCUUUGUUGAAUUCCAAGAAAACCCAAGACCUUGAGAUGAUGAAAAAAAAAUGUUAAUAAUAAUAAUAAUUAAUAAUAAUAAUAAUAAUGGAUUUCAAAAAAUAACGAUUAAAAAAGUCAAGUAAAAAAAAAAAGAGGUGAUGAUGAUGAUGAUGAUGAUGAUAUUUCUGUUUAAUUUAGGAGUUACUACACACUGUAUGCUGUGAUUCCGAUCUGGGGAAAAUUAAAGAUAUUCAUAGCCAGA